AUAGAUAUUCUGAAAAGAGGCAAGAUGUUAGUAUAUGUUCUGAAAAAUCAGACUGCUGCCAAGAUAGGCCAAGGAGCAGGGAUCGAAGAGAAAGUUAUUCUUGAGGCUAUUGAGAGGGCUGGAAAUAAUGGUAUUACUCCCAAAGAUCUCAAGUUUAAAUGUAAUUUGCCACAACCGCAAAUUACAAAAAUUUUAAAGAGCUUGGAGACUAAGCAGCUUAUUAAGUCAGUCAUGUCCAUGUCUUCAUCCAAGAAAAAAGUUUAUAUGUUGUUUGGACUUGAACCCAGCCAUGCUGUAACGGGAGGAGUAUUUUAUAGUGGACAAGAAUUUGAAUCUGAGUUUGUCGAUGUCCUUGGUGAUCAAUGUUAUCGUUACUUGAUGGAAGCUAAAGGUGCUGCUGAUAAUCUUCCCGAUCCAAUAUCUAGAAAGAGUGCAUCACUAAAGUCAUCUAAAGAUAUAUGUAAUUAUUUAAAUGGACUGCAAAUCAGUAAGGUAAAAUUGAGUGUGCAAGAUACUGAAAAAAUUUUAGAAUCUCUUAUAUACGACGGCAAACUCGAAAAGUCAAAGGCUGUAGGCAGUUCUUCAACGUCUAAAGAUAAAGUACCUGAAAAUUUCUAUAAAGUUACAAAAUCUGUAAUUUCAAGUACUGGGCUUAUGAGAAUGCCUUGCGGAGUGUGCCCUGUAUUUAAUGAUUGUGGCCCUGGGAAAGAAAUUUCACCUUCUACAUGUAUCUAUAUGAAAGAAUGGUUGGAAUUGUGAUGAAAGUGAAAAAUAGAAUUAUCUAAAUUUUGUGUCUCAUGUAAUAAAUUACAGUCUGUGAUAAAUGUAAAUAAAUUAAUUUAUUUCUAUAGGAUAAUGGUGUAUUUUUUUAGUUUAUAUGGUUAGUGAUACUAAUUACUGUGUUUGUCUUUGAUACUUCUUCGAUUCAUGAGUUUUAUAAAGAUUUCUGUGGGUACACAUUAUCUGUGCAAGAGUAAAAGCAUCUGGAUUUUUUUUUUAAUUAAUUCUAUAAAAUGUUGUUUAGAUAUAAUUAUAUUAGUUGUCUCAUUUGUUUACAGUUGCGUGGUAAAACAGAGUGCAGUUUUGAUUAUUUGAAUUUCAAUGAUUUGAAAUUUUUAAUAAGUCUUAUAGAAUAUGAAAUUGUAGAAUUUGAAAUUAAUUUUCCCUAAUUUGAAUCAAAUUUUCAGUUACUCAAGACUUUUCAUGAUCCCUUCAAUUUCUAUUUGUUCAUGUUAACUGUAAUUGUGUACUCUUUGCUAAAUUAUAUCUCUCAGUGUAAUAUUUUGAUAGUGGUUCUGUGAUUUAUCUGUGACGAGGGAAAACAUGUUUUGAUGGCAGCAUUGUUCCAUGUUAUAUACUAAGAAAUUUGCUCCAGUCAUAGCAGUUGUCACUAAAAUUUAUAAAUCACAUUGAAAUUGGUAAACUAAUGAAAGUGGUGUUAUAGCCUGUAUUCAGAUUGAAAUUAAGAGAGGUAAAAAAAAAAAUAAAUAAAAUAAAUAAAUAAAUGUUUAAAGUAGUCAGUGAUAUUAGUUUUGAUUGAAAAAGUGAGAGGUUUAAGUGGUAAAUAUUAUUGAAGAAAAAUGUUGUGUGAAUAUAGCAUUAGUGGGUAUUUAUAGUUGCAAUCAGGAUACCAUAUUUACUCGAGUAUUUUCACCUCAUCUUUUACAAAUUUUAAUGUAUAAAAAUUGAGAGGGGGAAAUUAUUCGAAUAACUGAUUUCCAAAGAAUGUGGUACAAUAAGCACUCAAUGCAUUAUGUCCAUAUUUAAGGGCAGAGCUAAAAGGGUUGCAGAAAGGGAGGAAAAGCAACAUGAAUGCUCAAAAGAAUGCUUUUUUUUUUUUUUUUUUAAAUAAGAUAUUUUGAAAUGGUAAUUCUCAAGAUAUUUCAGAAUUUAAAGUUAACAACCAUAAUUAAACUUUUGGAAUAUAUUUCUAAAAUUGUAUAACAAAUUUGGCACCCGUCUUAGCUGUCUACAUGGGUCAUGUGCCUCAUUCUCUUUCUUUAUCCUUGUCCCAGCUCUUGUAAUAUCUUAUUUAUGAAAAAAAUAUGCUUCCAAAACAAUAAUAAAAAUAUACUAUAUUUCAUUGCAUAUUUUUCCAUCUAGCUUUUUAGUGCUGGGUUCUGAAAAUUUUAAAAAUACUCAUAAUUUUCCCCUUCCUCUGCUGUACAUAGUUUUUUCCUCUGAGGCUUAGUUUAUUGGUAGAUUGGGUUUUGUUUUAUUGUGUUCAUUAUUUUCAUUUAGUGUAUUCAGUUUGUAUUUGCAUUUCAUCCAUUUUAUUUUCCCUUACUGCGUUUAUUAUUUACAUUUAUUUUUUUAAACAUAUUUUGUGCAGAUUCUUCAUUCAGUUACCUGGAGAUGGCAAGUGUUCUUACACUUAAAUAAACUUUCCAAACAUGUGAUUUUAGCUUGCUUCUGUUAUUUAUGUUCCAGUUCAUUGUAGCCAUAUCUGCUGCUGAUGUGUUUAAUCUUUCAAAUUACGGAUCUUUUGUUCACCACUUCUCCUUUUUUCCUUCCUGUAUUGUCCCUCUUGACAAUGGUAGUCAUCAUGUGAGGUGUGCUUGAGGCUUUACGUUGGCUCAGUAUCCAUUAGCUAUUUUAAUGUUGUUGUGACUUCUCUCACCUCUCUGAAAGUAACAUCAGAAAAAACCCACGAAAUACAUUGUGGCAAGAUUCCGCGCUGGCAAUAUUCCCCUGAGUACAAGAUUCUGCCUGUCAUUGGCAACAGCCUUGAGCACCAUACAGGUACUUCGCUCAGUUCUACCCCCAGUUUUGAAGGAGAGCACCCCAGGGGGAAGUGUCCAAGGGGCUUCCAUCCCUCUUCCUCUACCACCAACCUCUCAAGAGGAGUUUUGGUUCAUUGGAUAUUUAGAGUGCCCCCAUCCCGCACAGACAUUAUAUAUACAUUUAGAAACAUCCAUACAUUCUCUAGGAUCUGAACCCAGACCCUUCGGUACAAUAGUCAGCGUUGCUAACCACUAUCCCGGUUGGUUGGCUAUUUUAUGUUAUUAAUGUUAUGUGUGAUAUGAUAAUGUAAUGUGAUAUUUUAAUGUUAUAAUGUAUUCUUAUUGGAAUGUAGGUUUCAAUUAAAGAAAUAAGGAAUAAGGUUGGGAUAGUUACCAAUAGUUUAACUAUUACUACAUUUUAUUUGUAAUGUUCUUACUGUAACUCCAUUCUACAGAAACAUAAUGACUUGCAUCAUUUUCUGCUCUCGAUUUUCGGAUGCUAAAACUAGUUACAAAAAGGGGGGAAAUGUGCAACAAAAUAUGGUAAUCUACUAAUUGAUUAGAGUAAUACCAAGAAUGAUGUCAUCGGUUGAUCUAAAAUUUCAAUUAAUUCAAGGUUUUUUAAAAAUGAACCCAUAUUACAGUUUCUAGAAAAAUACUAUUAGCAGUUUGCCUGUAUUUUCAAGCAGUUUAAUGUGGAGAAUAAAUUCCUUUGAUUACUUAGAGUAAAUCAGUAUUUAGAACACAGAUCAAAUGAACAUUGUUUUUGUUACCAUCACUCUUAUACUUCAAUAGAAGAUAAACAGCUGUACUCUUGAUUUAGUUUCAUGAUUAAUUUAUUUUUAAUCAAUAAUUUAAAAAAUGUUUAUAUAUGACAGAUUACAUACAAUUAAAUUACAUAGUGUUAUGAUAUGAAUAGACUCGUAUGUUAUUAACUAAUGAAUUUUUUUAGGUGUUUUAAUUUACAUUAAAUAAUUUGUGAUAAUUGUUAUUUCUUUGUCCCUCAGUAAAGAAAUUUAGCCCUUUUUAGACUAAAUCUGUUUUUUCCACUAGUCAAUCAAUUCAGAGUUAGCUAACUGUAAUGAAAUCAGUAUGGAAGGAAUUUUAUCUGUUAAUUUUACGUUGUUUAUUGUGUGAAGUUGCUUCUAAAUUAGCACUUUUGUAACCUUUAUCUGGUCAUAAAUAAAGGAAUUUUUUUAUGAAAUUUA